ACUUUAUUAGGUACACCUAUUUGACUACUCGUUGAAUACUUCUUACAAUCAAGUCACGAGAAGAGCAUCUCUAAAGACACAACACGUUGAAUCAGGUCCUCACAACACAGCCUCAGCACGCCUCAUCUCCUUCACCCAGAGCGAGUGGAUCAGAGAGAAGCAGAGGAGAAGUGACGGGAAAACAACAUCAGCAUCACCGACAAGCAUCUCCCUUACCGGGAGAGGGAGAGAGAGGGAAGGAAAAGGGGAAGGAGGAGGAGGGGGGAAAGAGAGAGAGCAGAACAGUGUGAGAAAGAAGUUUUUAGUUAGAGGGAGUACAAGCGAGUGAGAGUUUGGAGUGAGAGAGCUCGGUGGGUGGCAGCGGAGCUUCAUUUUCCGUUUCCUUUUCUUGGCUCUGAGUGCCGUCUGCCUCCUCUCUCCUCCCGCUCUCCUCCUCUUCUUCUCUACUUCUCUUCUCAUCCCGUCUCUCCUCCCAGCUCCCGCCGUGGGGUCUCAGCUCUCCGUCUCCCUCCCCCCCUCCCUCGCUCCCUACCUCCCCCGGGCGCUGCUGGGAGCCUCCGGGCUGCUGCGCCGCAGGAGGAUGUCGCGCCGGGAGUCUCCGCCGCCACCCUCGCCACCUCCGCAGCUGCUGGGAGUGCAGAGAGGAGAGGUGGAGUGCGAGGACCGUCCGGAGCGCGCGGAGCCGCUGUCCGACACCGAGAGGGAGAUCAUCCAGGACACAUGGGGGCACGUCUACAAGAACUGUGAGGAUGUGGGGGUGUCUGUUCUCAUAAGGUUUUUUGUCAACUUCCCAUCGGCCAAACAGUAUUUUAGCCAGUUUCAGCACCUGGAGGAUCCUGAGGAGAUGGAGCGGAGCAGCCAACUCCGGCAGCAUGCCUGCAGGGUGAUGAAUGCCAUCAACAGUGUGGUGGAAAACCUCCAUGACCCUGAGAAGGUGUCGUCGGUGCUGGCCCUGGUGGGAAAGGCCCAUGCUAUCAAACACAAAGUGGAACCCGUGUACUUUAAGAUCCUGAGCGGUGUGAUGCUGGAGGUGUUGUCUGAAGAUUUCCCAGAAUUCUUCACGGCAGAGGUGCAGAUGGUGUGGACCAAACUGAUGGGGGCGGUGUACUGGCAUGUGACGGGGGCCUACACAGAGGUGGGCUGGCUCCAGGUCUCCAGCUCGGCGGUGUGAAGAGUCGGGAAGAAGAGGUGGUAAAGAAGUUUUCAGUGGACUCAAUAAAGUUUAAAGAGAGGCAAAAUAAUGUGUUUAAAAUGUUGAUGGAGAUUUUGCGACGAUGGUUUCACAGACAUGGAUCAGAUUAACGUGGUAAUCCGUGCGAUUUAAUUUCUUUAUUCAACUUUUUGGAUGCAUUUGGUGCUAAGCUUUACACGUCUCGGAGAUCAGACCAGUUGGACACCAAGUAAUGUAGCCAAACAUCAUUUUAUUUGACUGCUAUUAGAUUUUCACUUACAUCAGUGGCGCUCUGCUGUGUUAUCACUGCUAAGGCUAGCUAUCAGUUCGACAUCCGCACACACUGCUGUUGCUGCCAGAGGCACACAACAAGUCACUUCCUGUGUAGCAUAAACUCUUCCCUUUUAUACACCUACUGAGAUAAGACUGCUCCAAAAGUGUUAAUAAACUUCUAGGAUCAAUUAAAUUUCUGCCAAGUUGACCAAUCUUCCUGUUUGUAAGCCUGUCAAGCUUUGCAUCCUUGCAAAGGAUUCAAAAUUGUAACAGUGGCAGACGCACUUUAAUUAGAGGCAAAUGAGGAUAAAAGCAGAAUUUGGUAAUCAACAUUAGCUGUGCAAGUUAAUAUAUUUCUAGAGUUGUAAAUAUGAUAUGUAACAGCAGCCUGCAAAUACCGUAAAAGACGAAAAGAUACGUGUCAAAAGUGUGGAAGACUUUUUUUGGAUGUCCUAUCCGGCACUGUAGCAAUCAGAAUUAUUGUCUGAAGGCCAAGAAAAAAACUCCAACAGAUUUAUUUUCCCAAGCAGACCAUUAUGGCUUUUUCUAUACUGGUCCACUUGAUGAUCAUAUUUUAUUCGACCUUUAUUAUUAUUAUUAUUUAUUUAUUUAUUUUCUUGUGUGAAGGUAUCUUAUGGAGUCUUUAAUACCCGGCAAACACAGCAUAAACAGCGACAUUGUCUCCCAGACAAAAUUACUGAAAAAGAUCACCUUUUGUCAGCUAACAAUAACUAAAAAUGGGCCGAUGGGGACGUUGUUUCCAUGUAAAAUAGAGAUCCAGCCAAAUGGACAAAUUAAAUGCAUGUGUCCUUGUUCCUUUUAAAACAAAGAUAAUUGACUGAGAGCUAAUUUAGUUACUAAAUAACUGUUAACAAACUUCAUAGUUCUUCUCCAUUUACGCAAACUACUGAUGACUGUUUUUAAAAUAAAUAAAUAAAACACUUUCAGACGUUUAUCU